AUGGCCCCGAUGCCAGCGAAGACCUCGGAACCCUCCCUGCGGACCAUCACCUGUCGCUUCCCACUUUUCAUUCCGUCCACGAUGACUCAAGAGGAGGAGACUCGAGAAACAAUUCGGUUGCCUCUGGCUCCGUCAGCCAUCAAAGUGGGAGUGACCAUGCAGAACCGCAACGAGCACAUCUCUUAG